AUGGAGAAACUUGUGAUGAUUGAUACCACAUCUCAUACAGGAAUUACUAUUAUUACGAUCAAUCGCCCACACAGAAAAAAUGCAGUUGACCCUUUGACUGCGAAAUGUCUCUAUCAUGCUAUUCUGGGCUUUGAGGCCGAUGCCACACAGAUGGUAUGUAUCUUGACUGGUAUCGGUGAUACCUUUUGUGCCGGAGCAGACCUACAUCAAGUGGCACAGAAUGAUGUCCCCGAUAACCUGCAACCCGUUAACGGGCGCAACCUGGGUCCCAUGGGCCCCUCACGUCUCAUUGUGCAGAAGCCAGUCAUUUGUGCAGUUGCAGGCUAUGCUGUAGCAGGUGGCCUGGAGCUUAGCCUAUUGGCAGACCUCCGUGUCGCUGAGGAGGACGCGAUAUUCGGCGUAUUCUGUCGGCGUUGGGGAGUCCCUCUGAUAGAUGGAGGGACAGUUCGACUUCAAGCAAUUGUUGGCCUUGGUCGUGCCAUGGAUAUGAUCCUAACUGGUAGGCCGGUCGGAGCCCAGGAGGCAUUUAACAUGGGCCUUGUAAGCCGUUUAGUGCCUAAGGGAGAGUCACUGAACCAGGCGUUGGAGAUUGCACGACAGCUCAUUGCCUUCCCUGCGUUGUGCCUCAACACUGAUCGUCGGUCCUGCUACUACAGUGCAUACGAGGCCAAGUCCUUUGACGAUGCUUUAUCCAAUGAAUUUACCGAGGGACGCAAAGUCAUUGCCAAAGAAGCGAUUCAAGGUGCCGCCAAAUUCAGCAAAGGAUCUGGCAGACAUGGGAGCUUCAACAGCAAGAUGUGA